CGUUCUUCAUCUUGCGUUCAAGAGUUUAGCAAAUAGGCCACAAUUUAAACAUUUCCAUGUUCAUGCAAACAACUAUGCACCGUUAUUCCAUCCAAAUCCAUGUGACAAAUGGGAUUGCGCCUCUGUUGUCUGAAUGAACGUGCUACUCGUAGAGGCAGACUGAUGACGUCAGAGCAUACGACACAAGUCAUGUUACUGUAGUCCCCAUUUCCUUCUUCCUGACUCUAGCGUUUUCUAGUCCAGCCGCCGAAUCCGAAGGAAUAAUGUCUCAUCAAACGGGUAUUCAAGCUGGUGAUGAUGUGAAAGAAAUCUUCGCCACAGCCAGGAAUGGGGACCUUCGGCUGCUGAAAAUUGUUAUAGAGAAUGAGCAGUUGGCUGUAGGUGGUUCCAAGCAAGCCUCCCAGGCCUGGGAUCAAGAGUAUGACUCCCUCGUCCUACCUCUGUUGCAAAACGACCUGCCCUGCUACAUCCUCUACCGGCUGGACUCUUCCAACAAUCAGGGCUAUGAGUGGAUCUUUAUUGCCUGGUCUCCUGACCACUCCCCUGUGCGACAUAAAAUGCUCUACGCUGCUACAAGGGCCACACUGAAAAAAGAGUUUGGUGGCGGGCACAUAAAAGAUGAGGUGUUCGGCACUGUAAAGGAUGACGUGUCGCUCAGUGGAUACAAGAAGUACCUGACCGCCCAGGCCGCACCUCUGCCCCUGACUGCAGCCGAGGAGGAACUCAGACAGAUCAAACUUAAAGAGGUGUCAACUGAUAUCAGUGUUGACUCCAAGCAUCAGACCCUUCAGGGCGUGGCGUUCCCUCUGCAUGCAGAUGCCAUGAAAGCCUUGGAACAAUUUAGGGACAAGAAGGUCAACUACGUUCAGCUUGAAAUCAACUUUGAAAAGGAGCUCAUAAUCUUGUCUCACACUGACCCGACGGAAAUCAAAGACUUGCCAAAAAGGAUCCCCAAGGAUGCGGCACGCUAUCACUUCUUCCUGUACAAGCACUCGCACGAGGGCGACUACUUGGAAUCCAUAGUCUUCAUCUACUCCAUGCCUGGCUACAGCUGCAGCAUCAAGGAGAGAAUGCUCUACUCCAGCUGCAAAAACCCUCUGGUGGAGAUGGUGGAAAGCCACAUGCAGAUGGAGAUCGAAAAGAAGAUGGAGAUAGACAAUGGAGACGAGCUGACUCCAGACUUUCUGUAUGAGGAGGUGCACCCCAAGCAGCAUGCCCACAAGCAGGCGUUCGCCAAGCCCAAAGGCCCCGCCGGCAAGCGGGGCGUCCGCCGGAUCACCAGGCCCCCGGGACAGGAUGAUGGAGAUGAUUAGGCAGAUGAUGGACGCUUUGCACACUCCCUCCUCCACCUCCACCUCCACCCAUCUCUCCUGACCUGACUCCACUAUGGAACAUUCCAGAUGCUGGAGGUCCAGCCCAUGCCCAUGCCCAUUCCACAUGAACAUUCGUGAAGCUUUUUUUCCCUCCCUGUUUUUUUAUAUACUGUAUAUGUCAAGCACCAAUACUGAACCACCCUCCAUGCUGAACUAUGCACGCACAGGAAGAGAAAUCCUUCCACUUGUAAACAAACACAAACACACAUACACACCCAGUUGUAGCAUUAACUAGGCUGAGUGUGUGCGCCAAAUAAGCAUUCCACGAAUUAUUAAGACUGGGACGUAGCCAAAAAAGAGGUUGCACACCGUUACGUAACUAUAAUUAAAUCAUGAAACUUGGAACAAAAGAGGAAAUGAAAUGUGAUGAUUUUUUUAACCAAUGCGAGUUAAACUACUCCAACGCCCCAUGUCUAGCCGCUCAUUCCAGUUCAUUUUAUUGUUUUUAUAUUGUAAAUGCUACUUAAGGCCUCAAUUUUAUUUACAAAUGUCUUAAUUGCAACCAGCAGCACCGUAAACAGAGAAUUAAACAGGGAAUGUGUGAUGUCAUGCAUAGUAUUUUCCAUGCAUCGCCUUUCUUUUUUUAUAGUCACAAGUUUUCACGUUUUGAUAUAACAGUGGUUUACACAUGGACCCAUCUGCCAAGAAAAUUAUUUUUCUAUGCAAAGUGUUGUACAGAAAUGGUGUUCUUGUGGAGACAAAAAACGUAAUUGUGUCAGUCCCGACUCUGUCAACGGUCACCGCAUGUAUCAUUUGUUUCAGUGAUAGCCCCCUAUUUCACACCAUUAAUAAUUGUGUUACUGUAGCUGCCACAAGCUUACAACAAAUAGCCUGGGUGCAAAGCAUGCACUCUUGUUAGCCAGAAGUUAGCAAGAUCAUUAGAUAGAAUUUAGCCUGUCUGCAGAACAUGCUCCUACUGAUUGAUGUAAGACCACUAUGGAUCAAACGUAAGUCCUAGUUAGUGUCUCACUUACAUGAAAUGAUGAAACUGUCUUAGGUAUGGUAUGCCAUAUGCCAUUUUCUGUCAAGCAAGUUGUAUUUUUUAAAAGGAAAUAAAAUAUUUAAAUCACAUUCACAGAGAAUAUGUCCAAUUGUAGACUGUGUCAAGAAUGAACUGCAGAAGGAAUAUCAUAUACUGCAUUUUAUUUACACAAUGAAAAUGUUUUGCUGGCAUUCCAUGGUCAGCAUAGAUCAUCUGACAGUUCUUCCAACACCUGUAAAACAAAAGGCACAUGAUUUUGUGAAGAAUUGACUGUGGUUUGCACAUACAGCAACAAUAAAGAACCCUGUACUACUGUG